AUGAAUAGAAACCAAUGUAAAAAAGGAAUUUUUUGUAUGAUUUUUUCACAUCAUAAUCAUCAAAAUUAAAUUUUGGUAAGUUAAUAUUUAAAAAAUGUAUAAUACAAAUUAAAAUGCAGUAAUAUAUUGUACUAUUACUAAAUUCAUUUAGGCAAUAUUGAUUCAGAUUAUCCAGUACCGCUCACAUUGAAUACUAGUGAUGCAGUUGAGCAAUUUGAAAUAGAACACAAUACUCAGUCACAUACUCUUAUUGAUUUAUCAGGUAUUUUAGUAUUUAUAUAAUAUUUUAAAAUAAUAUUGAUUUUUGGUAGAGUUGAUACUUAGCUGUAACUUUUAAGCUAAUAAUAUUUAUUCAUUUAGGCAAUAUUGAUCCAGAUUAUCCAAUACCACUUACACUGAAUACUAGUGAUGCAGUUGAACAAUUUGAAAUAGAACACGAUACUCAAUUAAAUACUCCUAUUGAUUUAUCAGGUAUUUUGGUAUUUAAAUAAUAUUGAUUUUUGGUAGAUUUGAUACUUAUCUGCAACUUUUAAGCUAAUAAUAUUUAUUCAUUUAGGCAAUAAUGAUCCUAACGAUACCAUUUAUACAGAACACUAG